AUGGGAUCUCCCUUCAAUCUUGAUAGUGUAGAUGAAGCAUUGAAAGAAGCUCUUCAAAGUCCAGUAUACGAAGAAGUGCACAGAAUACUCUAUGGUGAACCACAUCCAGAGAUAGAAGUCCCGAAAGAAGCAUUGACAAUUGCCGAGAAAAACAGUUUCGAUUUGAAAUGUUACAAAAUCGCUGCUGAACCGGAGCAAGAGAUAGAAGUCCCGAAAGAAGCAUUGACAAUUGCCGAGAAAAACAAUUUCGAAUUGAAAUGUUACAAAAUCGCUGCUGAACCGGAGCAGUUACGAGCUCCAAGAAAGGUGAGAGUUGCUGCAAUCCAAUUUUCAUGCGCCCUACCAGCUUCAGCUCCAAUAGAAGAACAGAGGGCAGCUAACCAUCAAAAAGCUGCAACGAUGAUCGAAGCAGCUGCUGCUGCAGGUGCCAAUGUCGUGUGCAUGCACGAAUUCUGGGCUAUGCCGUAUGUAUUUUGCACUCGCGAACGCCUCCCUUGGACAGAAUUCGCUGAAUCAGCUGAAGAUGGACCAACGACGAAAUUCAUGUGUCAGCUAGCGGUCAAGCAUAACCUUGUCAUUGUUUCGUCCAUUCUCGAAAGGGACGAUUCUAAGGAUGAAGUACUUUGGAACACCGCUGUCGUCAUUUCAAACUCAGGCGCAAUUAUCGGCAAAAGCCGCAAAAAUCACAUACCAAGAAUUGGAGACUUUCAAGAGUCGACCUAUUUCAUGGAGUCAACUCUUGGACAUCCAGUUUUCGAAACCGCUUUUGGUGUGUUUAAUCUACUCUUUUUGCUCCUUAGGUCACGUACGUUCGAUGAUUAUUUAAAUAAAGAGCAUUUAGUAUGCUUUGAAUAA